AUGGUCAAAGAUACCAAGUUAUACGAUCUGCUCAGUGUUGCACCAACUGCCACUGAAGCAGAACUUAAGAAAGCAUACAAAGUCGGGGCUUUGAAACAUCACCCAGACAAGAAUCAACACAACCCUGAUGCCGAGGAAAAAUUCAAGGAAAUUUCUAGAGCAUACGAAAUUCUUUCGGAUCCCCAAAAGCGCCAAGUCUAUGAUCAAUAUGGCGAAGAAGGAUUGGAAGGUGGUGGAGGAGCUGGUGGAAUGAAUGCCGAAGAUUUAUUCUCACAAUUCUUCGGUGGCGGCUCUGCAUUUGGCGGUGGUGGAUUCGGUGGUAUGUUCGGUGGUGGUGGUGGUGGCAUGCAACAACGUGGUCCACCAAAGGCUCGCACUAUUCAUCACGUCCACAAAGUUUCACUCGAGGACAUCUAUCGCGGAAAAGUCUCCAAACUCGCUCUCCAGAAAUCCGUCAUCUGUCCCAAGUGCGAGGGACGAGGUGGAAAGGAAGGUGCCGUCAAGAAGUGUGCUGGAUGUGACGGCCACGGUAUGAAGACGAUGAUGCGCCAAAUGGGACCCAUGAUCCAACGUUUCCAGACUGUCUGCCCUGACUGUAAUGGAGAAGGAGAGAUUAUCCGUGAGAAGGACAAGUGCAAGGGUUGCAAUGGUAAAAAGACUACCGUGGAAAGAAAGGUCUUGCACGUCCAUGUCGACAGAGGUGUUCGCAGUGGACACAAGAUUGAUUUCAGAGGCGAGGGUGAUCAAACACCAGGAGUGCAACCAGGUGACGUGGUUUUCGAGAUCGAGCAAAAACCACAUGACCGUUUCCAACGCAAAGACGACGAUUUGUUUUUCCAUGCCGAGGUCGAUCUUUCGACUGCCCUUGCUGGUGGAACCAUCUUUGUCGAGCAUUUGGAUGAGCGAUGGUUGAGUGUUGAAAUCCUUCCAGGAGAAGUUAUCAGCCCAGGAAGUGUCAAGAUGAUCCGUGGCCAGGGUAUGCCUUCAUAUCGUCACCACGAUCACGGAAACUUGUACAUCCAAUUUGAUGUCAAAUUCCCAGAGAAGAACUGGACCACCGAUCCUGCAGCGUUCGAGGCCCUCAAGACCAUCCUCCCACCGGCGCCAGAAGGCAUUACACCACCUACCGAUGCGAUGACCGAAGUUGCCGAUCUCGAGGACGUUGAUGCCAGUCAACAAGCUAGAGCCUCAGGCGCCGGUGCCAUGGACGAGGACGAUGAAGAUGGCCAAGGUGGCGAACGUGUCCAAUGUGCUUCUCAAUAA